CUCCUUUCUGUGCCGUUACGGUCUACUUUUGAUGACGUAGCCGAGGUGCUGCUAGCCAUGGCGGCUAUCCGUUAAUUGCAAUCAAAUGAUUGGCUUUUAAAACUGCGAGAAUAUUUUUGAGAAAACAGUAAAAAGACAGCAUUGUUCAAAAUGACAAACAGGACCUCAUACUUUUACGACCCAGACGUCGGUAAUUUCCAUUAUGGUGAGUUUGGCUGCCGCCUCCACAGGCGUACAAAGAAAAUGGUGCGACGGAAGCUAGCCGUGAGCUCAUAACCUCAGAUGUGCCUCACUUUAUCUUCCUAUUCGUGUAUUUUGUUGCUUUCUCGGGUGAAGCUGGGGAAAUGUAUUAGGCCCCCCGUUUGUGAGCCCUGUAAAAGUCUCUCAGCCCAGAAUAUAAACAUAUUAAAUGAAACCAUCGGUCAGUAUGAGCCUGUUAGCUGCCUGCUUCGGUUUUGGAGACUUUCUUUACAAAUCAAAGUUUGCUUCAUUAAGAUAGUUACAGGCAAACCUAAGCUGCAUAACAAAGGCUCUUGUAUGUAGACAGACACCGUGAUUGUUAGUAUUUCAAGAUGAAGAUCAGUUUUAUCAGUGAUAUUCAGAUUAUACUUGUAUUAUAAUGUAUUUUCUGCGCACUUAAUGAAAACAUUCAACCUAUUUCAUCACUGUAAUAACAUUAUUUCUGCAGGUGUAAUACACGUAUCAGUAUAACUGAGCCUGUAGUUCUGAAGCCGCAUUAAGAUUUGUUAGACCACUGUCACUUUCACAUCACUUAUUUCAGCAGCUCUGAAACAGACAUUGUACUGGACUUCAAGAGAUAUUCCGGCGCAAAAUUAAUUUAGGGUCAAACACACCGUAACACCGAGUUAGACAACCCCUCCAGAGAUGAAAGUUGCCGACCGAUUGCUUCUCUAGUUUUACCAACUUUAGUAACGACCGCAUGAUAGCAAUACACAGAGAUCUGAGGAGCCAUAAACAAACCUCAACCACAGUGCCACUCUACAGCCACAAAUAAUGCUCAGAACAGCACCUAACUUCAUCAACAGUACAUAUAGGGUCCCAGCCAUAGUAUUAACUAUCAAACAUUUUUUUUUAGCUUUGCCUGGUUUCUCUAGCAAAGAGACUAAACACAACUCAUCCACUCUCUUCCAGCAGCCACUUGAUUGUAGUGAGACCUCAGGCCUGUCCAGGACUGCUUCUUAAUGAAAAUGCAAUCAGACUGAGACGCUAAGUCAGAGGAACUACUGCAUCUGCAGUGCAAAAUGAUUAAUAUGAUGAUUAUUACUUCAAGGAAAUGAUAAAGUAAUGAUCAUAAAUGUUCUUCCUUGAGCUGUGUCACCUCGUAGCAGUCCAUAAUAGACUAGCCCGAGGUCUUGCUACAAACUAGCAGCUACUGGAAGAGAGUGGCUGGGUUGUGUUUAGUCUCUUUGCUAAAGAAAUCAGGCAAAACUAAAAAGAUGUUUGAUGGCUAGUACUAUGGCUGGGACCCUAUAUGUACUGUUGAUGAAGUUAGGUGAUGUUCUGAGCAUUAUUUGUGGCUAUAGAGUGGCACUGUGGUUGAGGUUUGUGCGUGGAGACGUAGACCGCUGUCAUUGCUAUCCUGCAGUUGUUACCAAAGUUGGUAUAACCAGAGAAGCACGCAGGCAAAAUUCAUCUCUGGGGGGUAUCCAAUUCGAUGUAACGGUGUGUUUUUAAACUGGAAUGUCCCUAUAAUGACUGUAAUAUCAGUUAAAAACUGUCUGUCUUUGUCAGGUGCUGGUCACCCAAUGAAGCCUCACCGUUUGUCCCUGACACACAGUCUGGUGCUGCACUAUGGACUCUACAAGAAAAUGAUGGUACGCAGUAAAGACAGGGGUUAUUACUGAUUUGGACCCUGCAAAUUCAAGGACACUAUUUAAAGCCAAUAAUAUCUGUGCCAGUGUUUUACUUUAUCAAAUGUUAUUUUGUUUGUCUCCUGUAAGGUGUUCAAGCCAUACAAAGCAUCUCAGCAUGAUAUGUGUCGGUUCCACUCUGAAGACUACAUAGACUUCCUUCAAAAGGUUAGCCCCAAUAAUAUGCAGGGCUUCACCAAGAGCCUCAACACCUUCAAUGUUGGAGAUGACUGGUGAGUGUUAAAGUUUUUUAUGCAUAUUAGUAAGUGUUCCACGAUCCUCUCUUUAUUCAGCAUUUAAAUUUUGCAGUCUUUGCACGACUAGCUGACCCAUUACUAAGUAUUCUGUUUCUGUCUCAGUCCUGUGUUUCCAGGACUUUUCGAGUUUUGCUCAAGAUACACAGGGGCCUCCUUACAGGGAGCUACACAGCUCAACCACAAGGUAAGACACAUACACUUCCAAUGAACAGCAAACACAAUUCAGGUGAUCAGCUCAACUCUGUGAAUCAACAGUUCCUGAUAAAAGUCCAGACAUUAUAGCUGUUAAUUUCUUCCUUUUAUAACAACCCUGUUUAAUGUCUGUCCUGCUCUGUUUUAAGAUGGAUAUGUGUGCUAACUCCAAACAAACAUUACUAUCUGUGUUUUCUGUUUUCUUCAAGUAAAACAAUACUGCAGUGGGUUUAGCACUAUGGGUAAACUAGUCAACACUACAUAGUGAUUUUGGGACUUAAUUCAAGUCAAUCUGCUUUCUUUUCCAGAUCUGUGACAUUGCUAUCAACUGGGCCGGUGGUUUGCAUCAUGCCAAAAAAUUUGAGGUCAGGGCGAAACCCUCUGAGUUAAUGUUCUUCUGUUCAGUAAUGAACAAGCUGUCAAAAACUAAAGCUCUUUAUUGUGUUUUUAGGCAUCCGGGUUCUGUUACGUCAACGAUAUCGUCAUCAGUAUACUGGAGCUCCUGAAGUGAGUUCACUGUAAUAUUAAAGCCUUCAGAAAAUGUUUGCUGCGUCUGCUUCUCUUCUCACACUUGAACAUGUUACAGAUACCACCCUAGAGUUCUCUACAUCGAUAUCGACAUUCACCAUGGUGAUGGCGUCCAGGAAGCCUUCUACCUGACUGACCGGGUCAUGACGGUGUCCUUCCACAAAUAUGGAAACUACUUUUUCCCAGGAACAGGUGUUCUGCAUCUCAAAUACUGAUUUGAUAAAAGAGAGGAUUUCUUUAUCCUCAAUGUUUCUGGACAGAUUUUGCGAGCACUAUUGCGAAAGCCAGUGAAGUCUUUUUGGACUUAAAGCAGUACAACAGAAUAUCUGUAUCAUUGUUCAUGUACAGUGAAAUUGAAAACAGUCCUAUCAGGCGUAAAUGAUUAAGUGCAAACAUCAAUAAAAGUACAUGAAUAAGUAGAUAGAUAGAAGAAGAGUACAUAUCAAAACUAAAAGAGGAGACUGUUUCUACACUCUGCUGGGAUACAUCCUGCUUGGUUUCAUUUCUUUCAUUCUGCAUAGUUAAAGUUUUGGCAACAUUGAGUGUAGUCGAUACCAACAGACAGAUUUAUUUCUUACAUAAUUAACUCUUGUAAUACAGCAAGUACAGCUGUGCAAAUGAACAGCAGAAGCUGCAGAAGGCUUUCAGUUUUCCCAGAUAUUUGUUUAUCUGUUAGGAUAGAAUUUCAAAAUUACACAGAUGCUACAGUCUCAUUUCCUCAGACCACGCUCAACAUGUUUCUGAUUGUAUGCAAAGGAAAGUUAAAUAUGUCAGUAUUGUGUCACCACACUCUCUCCGUGGAUAUGUCUCAUAACAGUGCAUGCAUAACUGCUUUCUGCAGGUGACAUGUAUGAAGUUGGAGCAGAGAGUGGACGAUACUACUGCCUCAAUGUUCCUCUCAGAGACGGAAUCGAUGACCAGAGUGAGUAUCAAGAGUUCUUUAUUAUGGGAGGUUACACACAGAUCUGCAUUAUUGUUAUUAUGCUGAAUGUCAAUCACAGUUGUCAAUCACAUGUCCAAGUGUGGGCAAGACAACGACCCCCAAAGUUGCAGCAUUCAGUCGCUCAGACAUAUUGAUGUACUGGUGACAGCAAUGCAGAUACCCUCAGGAGAACCCUUAGACCAGAGCACAGGUACCAAUCUGCUGUACCGCUGAUUAUAUUGUGCGUACAUUUGUGUGUGUUUGUGUGUGUUUUGCAGGCUACAGGCAGCUGUUUCAGCCAGUUAUCAAGCAGGUAGUGGAUUUCUAUCAGCCGACAUGCAUCGUUCUGCAGGUCAGUGGGUUAACAAAGUGCUUGUUUUCCUGAUCAGGGCCAAACACAGUUAACUGGAUCAAUUAUUAUUGUGAGUCUGAAUAUGAGUCUUUUCUCCUUUUAGUGUGGAGCAGACUCUCUGGGCUGUGACCGACUUGGCUGUUUUAACCUCAGUAUACGUGGACAUGGGUGAGACUGUGACACAAACACACACACACACACACACAAUGAUAAUGUGUUUUCAAACCUCUGACCUUCUGUGGCUCUGCUCUGCUCUCUUUCUUUUAGUGAGUGUGUUGAGUUUGUCAAGAGUUUUAAGAUACCGUUGUUGGUCCUUGGAGGAGGAGGGUACACAGUGAGAAAUGUGGCUCGCUGCUGGUAAGUCUCAUAAACUGACAUCAGCUGUAGUCCUCUGAUGGUGAAGAGGUUUUCUCUUACGGGGUCUCUACUUUGUGUUUGAAGUAAUGUUGUGGUUUUUUUUUUCUUUCUAGGACAUUUGAGACAUCUUUGUUGUUGGAUGAAUCCAUCAGUGAUGAGCUGCCUUACAGCGGUGAGUUAAAGUUUUCUGCCCCCUUGUAAGAAAAACAGGAACUGAAAAGCCUUGUCUGUAUCAAAUACAAGUGUAGGAUUGAUCAGUCUGGAUUGAUCAACCAUCCUCAGGGCUCGACAGUGCGACCGUUUCACUCGUAUUUGCGACUGAAAGUAGAUGUGUGUGAAUUGUAAAAUGUAUUUAGGGGCACAUGUGCGCAUAAAAAAAAUGAGCUGAGGCAACAAAUGUUUUUUCAUGUAAAUACCGCAGUGAAGUUAGUUUUAGGUUGGAUAUUCGACUGACAUUCACUGCGGAUCUACUGGUGUCUUCUAACUUUCCAUAACCGAUAAAAGCAAAAGCAGCGACGUUAAAUCUACUCGCCGUCCUCGCUGUCAGGUGUUGAAUGAGGGACCAUCAAUAAAUUACCAGUUGGGGUUCUCAAAAAAAGCUGUUUUCCUUCAAUAGCUUCAAUGUCAUGUGACCAAUUGAUCUAAAAUUGAUUUCAAAUAACAGUACUUGUGUUGAUCAAUAAGACGAGCAUUAUUUGAUCAAUUUUCAUUCUGCCCCUAAAGUUCUUUGUGUGCUCCUUUUCUUUUUCAACUUAGGAUCACAUGUGCUCCUAAGUUGAAAAAAGUUAGUGUCAAGCCCUGAUCCUGAUCCCUGUGUAAAAGUUUUAGGAGCGGGUCGGUGGCUUGGUUCUUAAGUGAAGUCCUGGUUUUCUUUGGGUUUGCUGGGUUGCUCUGCAUACAGUGCUCAGCCUCUCCAAUCUUCUCAGACAUUGACCUUUACUUUUAACAGUAGCCCAGGUGUUCCUGCCAGUGAGCGCUCAUUAAUUCUUGAGUCAAAAACAUAUGAAAGGAAACAUAUUGAAGCUUUGCAGAAAGGUGUUUAUUCACAGAAGCUGCUAGACUUUUAUCACCGGUGACAAAGCCUCUGUUGUGAUGCUAGCAUCAUCAAGCAGAAGCACACGCAGACCUGGGUAUGAAACAAUUUUUACAGCUGCACCUUGGCAAAUAAAGACCAUCACCUAAACAUGUGACAGCUGGAGCCAUGAUAAGAUCAGCCUGAAUAAGUCUAUGAAUGACUAACUCUUGUAAUACCUUCUUUUUAUUCUCUCCGCCUGCCUCCACCUCCUCCCUUUUCUCGUCUACAGAGUAUUUUGAGUACUUUGCUCCAGAUUUCACUCUGCACCCUGACGUCAGCACGAGGAUAGAAAACCAGAACUCCAGACAGGUGAAUCACUGACUCACUUACUACUGACAGUAUUGUAUCUUUAGUCCUACAGACCCUGGAAAAAGUUUAGAGUAGAACAGUGCUUUCAGUCUCAGUCCUGUUUUCCAGGGGUUACAGUUUCUCUUACGGACACACAGAUGAAAUCAGAAAAGCCAACGUUUUGUGUGCAGUUGUUGAAGCUUUGUUUACAUUGAUGCAGUACCUGGAGCAGAUCCGCCAGACUGUGUUUGAGAACCUGAAGAUGUUGAACCAUGCGCCCAGUGUCCAGAUCCAUGAUGUUCCUUCUGACAUGCUGAGCUAUGAACGCAAUGAUGAGCCGGACCCAGAUGAGAGGGGAGCAGAGGAAAACUACAGCAGGUCAGACACACUUGGACACCAGGCGGGAGCUUAAAAUGGACAUUCUGAAACAUCUGAUCUCUGACCCAGUCCUGUCCCUUACUUUCUGUACUGUUGUCUUUCCUCAGGCCAGAGGCAGCUAAUGAGUUCUAUGAUGGUGACCAUGACAACGACAAAGAGAGUGACGUCGAAAUUUGACCCAUGACAACAAGAGUAGCUGCGCUUUCCUGAAUGGCCUUCAGUCCAUCUACAGCAGUCUCCAGAAUCACGUGAUCUCCGCAGAACUUUACUGGAAAGACAGGAACUCUCUGCCUCUACUGGGACAGUCUCAGAGGGCUCUCAUCCCGAGAGUCCUCAAUCAGCCUGACAAGACUGCUGCGCACCAAAGCCUUUGCAGAUAAAGUAUCGAAGUCUAUUUUCACACAGCCGGAUCUGUCCUGCUAUUUGGAGUUUGAGUCCACAUACAUCAAAUGUUCUGACAGGUUCCUGGUUUUUCUUAGUGCUGGACUCUGAAACAUGCUGUAGUAUGUACAGCAGUUCAUGUAUAUUAGCGGUGAUGUACUUAACAUUGAUGCACAAAGAUUUUUGUCUUUACAUCUUUUCCAUUUGUAAUAUUGUUGAUGUUUUUUUCUUUGUACUUAAUUCAACAUUUGAAAAUCAAAAAAAAAGAAAUGGCAGUGUCCUCUGAAACAGGAUGGGACACAAUCAUGUUUUCCCGACAGUAUCACACAUGCACUUCAGAGAGCGACAGUUAUCAUAGAGACAGUGAAGGAGUUUUCUCCAUAUGGGAAGCUGAAACUGGUGUUUAAAUUCAGCUGAACGGGUCAGGAUGGACUCUCAGAGCUAAUAAAACCUUGGACUUGGACUCAGUUAAAAGCUGUUGGUGUAUGAGCCAGAAUGAUUUAUCUUUUUUUUUCCCCAAUACUUUUAAAAACAAACAGUAUGAGUAAUUUUCUUAUGUGUUCAUGGUGUAGCUGUGUCUGAUUAGCUUCCAAAUUGACUGAAGCCGAAGUUGAUUUAGUGAUUUGAGAUGCACAACACAUAAUACAAGCAGUCCCUGCCCCCCCUCCCAGUCAGUUUUUAUGUCAUUUGAUAUUGUCAACUUUUUUAAAAAUAAAAAUAUAAUGGAGAAACCUG